UUUUUGUCUUUUUUUCCCUUUUUUAAAUUUCAUCUCACCGAGCUCACCUCGACAGAUAACCUUCAGUAGCAUUGAGACUAUUUCUAUGUAAUUUACAUAAUUUCAAGAAAAUAUUAUGUUGGUUUAACCUCAACCGUUAUCUGUUUUUUAAAUCUUCUUUAUGUAUUCCUUAUAAUAUUACCAUCAUUCUCCUUCUUCAGCUCCCAGUGCGAUUGUUAAGUUAUGGGAAACUAAGCCGCCUUGGUGUCAAUUCCACGGUAGCGGCGCCACUAUCAUGCGGCCUUUUCACCUUGGGGUUACAACGAGCCAUAGCUUCCUUGACCCGUCAAUGUAUGGCCUCAACUCUCUUAGGGAGAUCAUUGGUCACUGGAUAACCGGGCUAGAUAUCACACGCUUAGGAUCCCUCGCCGCGUGCGUCGGCGCUGCCCCCGCAGCGUGGCGACUUUUAAAGACAGCUUGGCGUGAAGUGUAUGGCUGGGUCAGUCACUUCUUCAUUUCCUACGUGAUAAUACCUGGCCGGGACCCGCUGAAUAGACAUGUGACGAAUUGGGUCUUAACCAAUGUCGUGCAAUUUCGAGGCAUACGGUCUUUUACGGCCCGCACUCAAAUCCAACCCGGUGCUAUCGCGGACCGAGCCGCCUUGCUAAAGAAGACUCGUCGUGACAUCCAGUAUCUGCCUCACUUUGAGACAGUAUGGUUCUGGUAUGAGAGUAAUCUGUUCGUGGUUAGGCGACCACUCGAUAGCUUCAACGCAUCUAUGGUCGACUCUGCUUACGAUGGCGUCGGAGGAGAAGAGUUGACCAUAGGCUGUCUUGGACGGUCAACCGAGCCUAUCAAGAGGCUCAUUCAAAAUUGCCAGGAACAUGCAGAUAGACAGGCUCAAUACUAUGUCAUUAUCUAUGCACGAGAUCGUUACGGCAUGUCCUGGCAACCAAAGUCUCGCAAGCCCAUCCGUCGUCUUGAGACAGUUCAUUUUGACGACGCCCUGAAACAGGAACUCCUUACAGAUAUCAGAAAAUACCUCGACCCUAACACCAAGAAAUUGUACCAGAGUCGUAGCAUGCCUUAUCGUAGAGGUUAUUUGUUCUAUGGGCCACCAGGUACGGGAAAGUCAUCACUGUCGACUGCUCUAGCGGGCGAGUUUGGCCUCGACUUAUACGAAGUUAAGAUUCCAAGCGUAGCGACCGACCAAGAUCUUGAGCAAAUGUUCAACGAGGUUCCGCCGCAGUGUAUCGUGCUCCUAGAGGAUGUUGAUGCCAUCUGGGUGAAGCGCGAGUUGGCGAGUCGCGAGCCGCAUAACGAGGCUGUAUCGAACUGUACUCUUUCCGGUUUGCUCAAUGUUUUAGAUGGUGUCGGGUCACCAGAAGGGCGUAUCGUAAUCAUGACGACAAACAAACCGAAUCGACUGGACAGCGCUCUGGUGCGGCCUGGUCGUGUCGAUAUGAAAGUCAUGCUUGGCAACAUCAGUAAAGGUUCAGCUGAGCAAAUGUUUCUCCGCAUGUUCAUAUCAGACGCUAAUACGUUACCGUUAUUGCCCUCACAAAAAGAUAAUGAUAAAUUGGGUGAUGAUCACAUUCCUCAAGUAGACCAUGGGCUAUUACGGAGGCUCGCUUCGGAAUUCGCGACGCAUAUCCCAGAAGACACGUUUACCCCUUCUCAAUUACAAGGCUUUUUCCAACUGCACUUAGACAAUCCUAUAGAGGCUGCUUCGAAUAUCUCGGCGUGGGUUGAGAGGGAGCUGUCUGCAGGGUCAUCGGACGAUGAUAUUGAAAUUGUAGGCAAUGGGAAGGCCUAACUUUCCAUCGUAUAUUGUAUGAUAUAGCUCAGCGAGAUACUGUACCAUAGCAAGGUUUCUAUUUUAGAAUUGUUUGGGAUAGCGGAGUUUGGGAAAUGGUUAGAUAACGGGUUGGAAAUCGGGAUGAGUGACCGCACGUCGGCGCUUGCUGAUAGACCUUAGAGAAUGCAUAUCUUGAUUUAGUACUUUUGGGAAGUAUAGAUAGAAUAGUGCUUUUGAGCAGGCAUUAGGUUGCCCUUGAUAUGAUAUAUCGCUCAUAGAGUGACAGGUAGCUAUCAUGUUACGG